CUUUUGGAGUAGCCUAAGUGGCACGGACACACGGAGUGAUGGCGGGCGAGCUGAAACCGCGACUGUGCCUAAUGACGAAAGGGGACAACGGAUACGGCUUCCACUUGCACGGGGAGAAGGGCAAGAGCGGACAGUACAUCCGGAAAGUGGAGCCCGACUCCCCGGCGGAGGCCUCGGGGUUACGCGCCGGGGACCGGGUGGUGGAGGUCAACGGAGAGAACGUGGAGAGAGAGACGCACCAUCAGGUGGUUCAGCGUAUCAAGGCGGUGUCAGGGGAGACCAGUCUGCUGGUCGUGGAUCGUGAGACGGAUGAGUACCUGCGUAGUCUCCGCCUCCCCUGCUCCGCAACCAUGGCGACGGACCCCCAGCGGCAAACAGGCCCACGCCUCUUCCUCGGCCUCCGCCUCGUCGCGCCGACGCCCCCACGCCCAGCAAGCGCCACGCGACCAUCCGACCCCCCCAAAACCCAGCCCGACGCUCCCCCUCACGUGCCCACAAGAAG